AUGUCGAUGAUUAAUGAGAGCAAUUCGUCAUUGAUGAGUUCAAUUUCGACAAACAAUUUCCUACGCGAUUGCAUCGAUUUAGCAAUUGAUGGCUUUUUAUUUCGUGGUAUUACACCAGCGGAUCAUUACCAUCGCUUUUCGAGAUCAUUUCCCAAAGCUUUCACACUUUUAUCAUCGUAUCCGAAUCCAUCAGGAGCAUCGAUGAUCAUGACGCCCAAACAGUCUCAUCAUCAUACAACAACAACAACAACAUCAACGUCUUCUUCAUCUGUCAAACAAGCGAGCAUCCAUCACUCUCGAACAAAUAACAUCCCGCCUCUUGAUCUUUCAUCAUUAAAUUCAAAUAUAUUACUUGAACAACAACCUGUCUCGACAAUUAUGUCAACGAAUACUCCUGGAAUCACAAUCAAAACCAAAAAAACCGUUUACAGUCCAAAAGAUUCGAUAUCUUCAUCGUCUACAACUGAUCGUCGAGUGAACAGCGCUCGUCGACCGGGCGUAAGUACAACGACGACGACGACGACGACAACCACAACCAAAACGCCUCUUGUUGUAUCGAAUACUCCGAAUACACCUUUAUCAUCAAAUGAACAUUCUCCAUCUGUCCAUUCUUUUAACCCUAAACGACCUGUGACAGCACCAAGUCCGUCGUCAGAUAUCUGGAAUUCUCCUCAACAACAAAUCAGUCCGCUGGAAUUCGAAGCGCGUGAUAUUCAAGAACGAAUGAGUAAGCAUCGGGUACGACAUGGUCGGCCAAAUGACCUUUCUCACAUGACGCCAAAGCAAAUUUACGAUGAAAAAUGUGAUAUGCAGCAAGAAUUAUUACGUUUCGAGAACAAAUAUUCCAAGCCAACGACAAGUGAACAAAAACGUAUUAUGAAACCAUUGUACGAUUAUUAUCGUCAAUUAAAACGUCUUGUUGAAAAGCAACAGCAAACUUAA